AUGGUUGAUCUUCAGCUCUCUCCUGAGCAAUUGGGACUCCGAAAUGCUGUCAAGGGCUGGGCAAAGGCGAACCUCACUACAGCACGCUCGGUAUAUGAGGGUAAAGGUGCCUCACCGGGACAAUGGCAGGAACGCUUCCGCUCGACGCAGCCGAUAUAUGCCGAAGCAGUCAAGGCUGGACUCAUCAAGGCUCAAAUUCCGAAAGAGCUUGGUGGUGGAGGUGGUCCAUUGAUAGAGGCAGCUUUGGUUGUCGAGGAGUUUUAUGCCGUCGAAACUAGCGCCUCUAUAAACAUCCUUGGGACUGGCCUUGGCUUGACCCCGUUGGUCAUGGCGGGGAGCCCAAGUCAACAUGAGAAGUUCUUCAAACCAUUUUUGGACGGCACCGGUACUCCAAUGGCCAGUCUGGUCUUUUCUGAACCUGAGGGUAGCGCCAAUUUCGCCGAGGCUGGAGCACCCGGUUUUCAGACCACCGCACAUGUUGAAGGGGACCAAUAUGUUAUCAGUGGUGAAAAGAUCUGGGCAACAAACUGUUCCGGGUGGGAUGAUCGAGGCGCCGACGUUCAGUGCGUCGUAUGCCGUGUUAUUGGAUCUGCCCCAGCUGACGACGUCCGUGGCCAGACGGCCAUCAUUAUCGUGACCAAACAAGACAUUGCGGCCAAUGACCCAAGUGCCUAUCAGGUUCUCAACCAUCCUCAAACGAUUGGGCACACAGCUGUUAAUGGGCCGCAUAUCCGGUUCAAGGACUUGCGGGUGCCAAAAUCAAACUUGCUCGCACCUCCUGGCAAGGGUGCUGAUGUGGUCGAAAUGACCUUUACCGCGUCGGCAGUUCUCGUGGGUGCAAUGGGCGUGGGCAUCAUGCGGCAAACCUUUGAUCGAGCUUUAGCCUGGGCCAAAGCUGAGAAGCGAGGGUCAACGGAGACGAUGAUCCAAAAGCAGAGCGUGGCAGACUUGUUGAUCAAGAUCAAAACUCGAUGUGAAGCCACUCGAGCUCUCGUCUGGAAGGCAGCGCAUUGUUUCGGUCGGACGCGACACGGAGCCGAGCUGUGCUACGAAGCCAAGAUUUUUGGUUCGGAGAGCGCAGUAGAGUCAGUGAUGGAUGCGAUCAGUCUAGUUGGUAUUUCUGCAUAUUCGACCAAGCAGCCAUUCGGGCACCUGCUGAACGACGCAUUGGCUUUGCCGAUUUUCGACGGUGGUAAUGUCGGCGUUCGGAGGAGACAGAUUGAAAGGAUCUUUGCCAGCGAGGGAUACGAUGCAUGGGAGACAACAUUCGGAUCGGAGCAGUGA